AUGACAAGAGAACCAUACCAUGUAAAAGAAUUUAAGUAUGAUGAGUUCCUUGAUCUGAAGCACCUUGCAGGUGAGAUUAUGAAAAAUAGAACGAAAAAUGAGAAAGGAAAACAAGUUCAAUGGUUGAAGAUAAAGCGGAUAAAAUAUGUUAAAGGGGAGGACAGAAAAACUUAUUUCAACUAUGACAUGAGCGACGAAUUUAACGUAAUGGAUAUUGGAGACAAUCCAUCAACUUUCCAAUUAGAUGGCGCGCAGAAUCACAACUAUUCAACAAGGAAGAAGAAACGACUUACUGAAAAUGAUUUACCUGUAAGUUAUCGAUUUCCAGAUCAAUUAAACUGCCUUUAUAAAGAGCCACUUAAAAUAAGCGCGGCCAAGAAAAAAAGAUCUUUUAAAUCUAUGUAG